GAAAGUCGGCUUUACAAACCACCCUGGUUUCUUUUCGGUGCCGGCUUCUCUCCCGUCCUCACGCAAAGAGUUCUCCGCCACUGUCUGAUCCCUUUUCCUCCCUUCCUCAGGCCUGCCGGGACUUUCUGGAUCUUGCAGAGGCCCACAGCAGAAAAUGGCAACGGGCUCUCCAGCAUGAAUGCGAGCAGCGUAUCCGCCUGGAGGAGACCAUUGAACAGCUGGCCAAGCAGCACAACAACUUAGAACGGGCUUGUCGGGGGGCGCCCAGUCUCUCCGCGAACCCUGCGGCUCACGCAUCCCGAGGAGGAGGAAGCGUGCAGAGCGGAAAAGCAGAACCCAGUGAUGAAGAUGAGGAGACGGAGUACUUCGAUGCUAUGGAAGACGCUCAGGCUGUCAUCGCAGUAGCUUCAGAGCCUUCAGAUCAUCACCG